CAUAACGACCUCGUACUUGGUAUGUUGAACCCACUGUCCCUUGCAUGCUGCACUGCAGACUGCUGGCAGCCGCAGCAUCCAGGCUCAGCCAGGUACCCUAACGGCUGGGUACAUCGACCACUCGCUUGCGUGAGAUUCUUUUCUCGACGUCCGCACUUGCUUCAUAACUACUGGGGGCUGAGAGAAGCCCACUGAUGAAUCUGCCAAGUCCCUCGGAUUCGUCGACCCGGCUCCAGAGCUGUCAAGUGUCGGUGGGUCUGCCGGUCUCGAACACGGCGGCGUCCUGAUCCGGAACAAGGUGAAGACUUCUCCCAUCCUCUGAUGUCUGGUGUGCCCUGUGGCCCUGAAACCCUGGGAAACCGAGUCGGAUUGUGGUGGGCUUUGGAUGGAACCUGACAAUCAUUUGCCACCGCUGGCCUGGUUCGUGUUGACACUCGGGAAUGGGCUGGGCAAUCGCCAGUCUGUUUUGGCGGGUUUAGCCAGAAACAGACAACGCGCCAACAUCCAUUCGUCAGCACGUGCAUGCGCUGAUCCCACGCACGAAAGGUUUCGUGGGCAGAAAACCGAACGGAAAAAGGAAAAGAACGUGGUGGUCGAUUUUUUCUCUUUCUUUCCAGAACAAGAGGUGCCAAUAGAGCCAAGUUUUAACGCACGUGGAUCGAAGAACAAGAACUCUCUUCCCUCUGCCCCAACGACGUCUUCAACACGUGGAUCUCGACAACCACCCACUUCGGUGUGUCGAUUCGGCGGUGGCGGUCUGCCAGCCAAGGAAAAUAUUCCGCGUUCCACAGAGCAGGGCCCUCGGAGCCUCUUUGGGGACCUGGUACGGACCGUUGACGAACGGCCCGCGGAGGGGGACCCGUGGCAAUCCCAAGGAUUCCAACAGCAUCGGCGGACUCAAGCCCAAAAGGGAGGGUUAUGCCGUGUCGGUGACCUCCCCGGAUUUGUGGGAGAAGGGCCUGGUCGCCCUUGUCGAAUUAGGCUACCGCAUUAAACUCAAUGUGGUACUGGGCACUUCGCUUGUUCUCGUCCACCGCCAUUUCCACCCCAAUGCAUGCCAUAUCUCGGAACCCU